GACAUCACCACCCAGCCCUUGAAAGAUGAGCUGUUCUCGCCGCCACUACAGCUCUGGCCUCUGGGCUCCAAGGAGGGGUGGGGACGGUGGGGACAUCAGGCUGCCUGGCAGUACCCAGGGAGUGACUGAAGUGCCCAUGCUGCUUGCUCCGGAGAAGCCCAGGUGUGGCCUUGCACACAUCCCACUCUGAGUCCAAAUGUUCUCUCCCUGGAAGACACCAAUGUUUCUGUCUGUUCGUGAGGACUCCAUGCCCACCACGGCCUCUUUCAGCGCCAAUAUGCUCAAUGUCACCUUGCAAUUGCCAACUCUUAACGGGACCUUUGCCCAGAGCAAAUGCCCCCAAAUAGAGUGGCUGGGCUGGCUCAACACCAUCCAGGCCCCCUUCCUCUGGGUGCUGUUCGUGCUGGCCACCCUAGAGAACAUCUUUGUCCUCAGCGUCUUCUGCCUGCACAAGAGCAGCUGCACGGUGGCAGAGAUCUACCUGGGGAACCUGGCCGCAGCAGACCUGAUCCUGGCCUGCGGGUUGCCCUUCUGGGCCAUCACCAUCUCCAACAACUUCGACUGGCUCUUUGGGGAGACGCUCUGCCGCGUGGUGAAUGCCAUUAUCUCCAUGAACCUGUACAGCAGCAUCUGUUUCCUGAUGCUGGUGAGCAUCGACCGCUACCUGGCCCUGGUGAAAACCAUGUCCAUGGGCCGGAUGCGCGGCGUGCGCUGGGCCAAGCUCUACAGCUUGGUGAUCUGGGCGUGCACGCUGCUCCUGAGCUCACCCAUGCUGGUGUUCCGGACCAUGAAGGAGUACAGCGACGAGGGCCACAAUGUCACUGCUUGCGUCAUCAGCUACCCAUCCCUUGUCUGGGAAGUGUUUACCAACACGCUCCUGAAUGUUGUGGGCUUCCUGUUGCCCCUGAGCGUCAUCACCUUCUGCACGAUACAGAUCAUGCAGGUGCUGCGGAACAACGAGAUGCAGAAGUUCAAGGAGAUCCAGACAGAGAGGAGGGCCACAGUGCUGGUCCUGGUUGUGCUGCUGCUAUUCGUCAUCUGCUGGCUGCCCUUCCAGGUCAGCACCUUCCUGGACACGCUGCAUCGCCUCGGCAUCCUCCCCAGCUGCCAGGACGAGCACAUCAUCGAUGUAAUCACGCAGAUCGCCUCCUUCAUGGCCUACAGCAACAGCUGCCUCAACCCACUGGUGUAUGUGAUUGUGGGCAAGCGCUUCCGAAAGAAGUCUUGGGAGGUGUACCAGGGAGUGUGCCAGAAAGGGGGCUGUAGGUCAGAACCCAUUCAGAUGGAGAACUCCAUGGGCACACUGCGGACCUCCAUCUCGGUGGAACGCCAGAUUCACAAACUGCAGGACUGGUCAGGGAGCAGACAGUGAGCAAAUGCCAGCAGGGCUGUUGUGAAUUUGUGUUAAGGAUUGAGGGACAGUUGCUUUUCAGCAUGGACCCAGGAAUGCCAAGGGGACAUCCAUGCAUGACCUUGGGAAAUGAGUUGGUGUCUCCAGUAAAACACAGGAGAAUAAUUCCUGCCCUGCCCAAUUUUGCAGGGAGCAUGGCUGUGAGGAUGGGGUGAACUCAUGCACAGCCGAGGCCUCCAUAAACACGACAGCAUUACUGUUCUUAUUUGCUGCCACACCUGAGCCAGCUUGCUCCUUCCCAGGAGUGGAGGGGGUCUGGGGACAGGGACAGGAGUGACUGAGCUUCCCUCCCACGUGGUGUCCCUCCCUGCCCCAGCAAGACAACUUGGAUCUCCAGGAGAACCGCCAUCCAGCUUUGGUGCAAUGGCUGAGUGCACAGGUGAAUUGUUGCCGUGGGUUUCUUUAAUCCAUUCAGCUAGAACUUUGGAGGACAAUUUCUUGCAUUAAUGAAGGUUAAGCCCUGAGGGGUCCCUGAUAAGAAUCUGGAGACCAGGAUUCUGUGGCACCCCUCACUGAUGGACAAGAUGGUCUGUGCCAAAGAAGAAUCCAAUAAGCACAUAUUGAGCACUUGCUGUAUAAGCAAUAUUGAGAACGGAGGCAAGAGGGAAGAAAGAGAAGAAGCCAUCUCCAUCUUGAAGGAACUCAAAGACUCGACUGGGAAUGACUGGGCACUGCCACCACCAGAAAGUUGUUCGAUAAGAUGGUUGAGCAGGGUGCUGUGGGUGAUAUGGACAGCAGAAGGGGGGAGCCCAAGGUUCCAGCUCAACCAAUAACUAUUGCACAACCACCUGUCCCUGCCUCAGUUCCCUCUUCUGUAACACGAAGUCGUUGUGAGGAUUAAAGGCAGUAACAGGCAUAAAAGUACUUUGAAAAGCAAAGGGUGCUAUGUACAUGUGAGGCAUUAUUAUGCACAUGUAACUGCGAUGUGUUUACUAUAAGGAAAAGACACUGAGGUCUAGAAAUAGCUCCGUGGAGCAGAAUCAGUAUUGGGAGCUGGUGGCAGUGUGAAGUACCAGUGCCUGGCACACAGUAGGUGCUCAUUGGCUCCCUUCCACCUGUCCUCCCCACCACCCUGAGCCCCCGACUGUCACACACACAUAAGCAUUUGGGGAGAAGGCCAUGUCUUCAAAGUUUGAUUUGUGAUGAGGCAGAGGAAGAAAUUUCUAAUCGGUCUUGCCCAGAGGAUCACAGUGCUGAGACUCCCACCGCCAACUGGUACCUGGGGAGGGGGAGAGUGCAGGCCUGCUCAGGGACUGUUCCUCUCUCAGUAACCAAGGGAUUGUUCCUGUUAAUCAAUGGUUUAUUGGAAGGUAUCCCAGUACGAGCCCUAGAAGAGUGUGAGUAGGAAUGGCAAUGGCAUUCACCAUCAGCAGUGCCAGGGCAGCACUCACUUGAUACAUGAAUAUGUAUUAGCUGGUUGAAGAGCUAGAACCUGGAGAACUAGAAUCUGGAGGGCUAGAACCUGGAGAGGCUAGAACCUAGAGGGGCUAGAACCUAAAGAAACUAAAAUCUGGAAAGGCUAUAACCUGGAGAGCUAGAAGCUGGAGGGCUAGAACCUGGAGGGAAAUAACCUGGAAGGCUAGAACCUAGAGAGGCUAGAACCUAGAGAAGCUAAAACCCAGAGAGCUAGAAACUGGAGGGCUAAAACCUGGAGGGCUGGAAUCUAGAGAGCUAGAACCUGGAGAGCUAGAACCUGAAGGCCUAGAACCUGAAGGGCUGGAAUCUGAAGGGCUAGAACCUGGAGAUCUAGAGCCUGAAGGGCUGAAAUCUGGAGAGCUAGAACCUGGAGGGCUAGAACCUGAAUGGCUAGAAUCUGGAGAGCUAGGAUCUGGAGGGUUAGAACCUGAUGGGCUAGAACCUGGAGAGCUGGAACCUGAAGGGCUAAAAGUUAGGUCUAGAACCUAGAGAGCUAGAACCUGGAGGGCUAGCACCUAGAAGGGCUAGAACAUGGUGGGCUAGAAUGUAGAAGGGCUAGAACCUGGAAAGCUAGAACCUGGAGGGCUGGAAUCUGGAAAGCUAGAAUCUGGAGGGCUAGAACCUGGAGAGCUAGAACCUGGCGGACUAAAACCUGGCAGGCUAGAACCUGGCGGGCUAGAACCUAGCAGGCUAGAACCUGGUGGGCCAGAACCUAGACGGGCUAGAACCUGGAGGGAAAGAACCUGGAGGAUUAGAACCUGGAGAAUGAGAAAAAUUUACAUGGCAAAGAGCCCAUAAAUCCUGACCAAUUCAACUCUGAAUUUUAAAGCAAAAGUGUCAAAAAAAGAUUCCCUCCUUACCCCCAACCCACUCUUUCUUCCCACCAUCCACACCCCUCUGCCCCAAUAAAUACCUGGAGAAAGAAAACAGGUGAAAGAAGAAGUAAAAACCAUUUAGUAUUAGAAUGAAGUCAAACUGUGCCACACAUGAUGAAUGAAAAAAAAAAAAAAGAGGCUAUGUUUUGUCACACAGGGCAGUCAUUCAUCAGCAGAGCACGUGGAUGGUCUGAGACUCUCUUAGAAGCAGAGCUCUAUCCCAAUGGCCAUGUGGGGAUCCACACCUGGUCUGAGGGGCAACUGAGUCUGUGGGAGAAGAGCUGCCCUGUGCACGGUGUAGUUGCCCUGAUAAAGAACAUCUCCCCUGUGAAAGACUCAAAGAGCUAUUAUGUUGUAAACGGGAAGCAUUUCACAUCCGAAUAAGAAAAUGGAUGAAUCAUGUAAACAUGUGUCUUUUCUGUACUGCAUAAUAAAUGGAUGAGGUUUUUGCAUA